ACUCUUUGGGUUAAUGUUGUUUUUAUUUGCGAUCCAUCCAGCAUAAUAAUGGAUUCGAGUGCUUUGGAUUAUGUUGCUCAAGCUUGUAUGGAUUUAACAGAUGCUAUAACAUCAAUAAACAACGAAGCUGAAAGGGACUCUCUCAUUGUUAACCAUAUAAAGAAAGUUUGGUCUAUAGUUACACCUAUAGACGAUUUUAAAAAAAAUUUAGAAUGGGUUAAUGUAUCUGAACCAAUAUCUCUGACUCAGCAUUGUUCUGAAAAAGUAGUAGUUUUGGACUUUUGGACCUACUGCUGCAUUAAUUGUUAUCAUGUCUUGCCUGACUUAGCUCACAUUGAAAAACUACACAAAGUGGAUAGCGGUCUUGUAGUGAUUGGUGUACAUUGUGCUAAAUUUACAAAUGAAAAAGAGUGUGCAAAUGUUUUGGCAGCUGUCCAAAGAUACAGUAUUCACCAUCCGGUUGUAAAUGACCCAGAGAGUACUCAAUGGGAGGCCCUAGGAAUAAAAUGUUGGCCCACACUUCUAAUUCUGGGGCCACAAAACAAACCUUUAUUUGUGUUAACCGGAGAGGGCCAUCGACAAGAGUUAGUUUGGUAUGUCGAGGCAACAAUACGACAUUUCAGUUCUCGUUUGUCGAGUGCACCACUGCCUGUUUCACUCUCAAAACAUAUGAAAGUGAAAGAUGAUGCAGCACUUCUAUUUCCUGGAAAGGUUGCUAUAAAUCCGUUUUAUCGUGGGAGGGCAGAUGAGCCAUUCCUAGCUAUAUCAGAUACUGGACAUCACCGUAUAGUUCUCACGGAUUGCUCUGGAGUUAUAUUGAGGAUUGUUGGUGCAGGAGAACCCGGCUUAAAAGAUGGCAAGUUAGCAGAAGCUCAGUUCAAUUCCCCACAAGGCUUAUGUUGGCUUUCGAGUAGCGUGAUAACGGUGUGCGAUACUAACAAUCAUUCGCUCCGCACCGUGCACCUCGAUGAAGGCACCGUAGAGAUACUUGUCGGUACUGGCGAGCAAUCCGCAUUCGGAGAUAUGGGCGGCAAGUACCUCGGUCUGCAGACGUUGUCGUCCCCAUGGGACGUGGUGCAGUACUGCACGCCCGACCUCGACAUGUCCGUGCGCGCGCCGCCGCCCCCGCCCCCGCCCCCGCACCCCACACUCGUGAUAGAUGACGACGCCGCUACCGCCAAACCGGAACCUAAAGAUAAAGAGAAAAAAGAUGAAAAGAGAAGAGUGCUGCUGAUCGCAUGCGCCGGCUCUCAUCAGAUAUGGGCGUUGUUCCUCGACACUACGAUAUGGUGGAAGUACAAGACAUAUUCUGAAGGUACGUGUGCGUGUAUCGCGGGAUCGGGCGCGGAGGCAGCCAGGAACAGUGCCUAUCCGAAUACAGCUUCCUUCGCACAACCAUCCGGCUUGGCUCUAAAAACUGGUUCAAACCCGGAGAUUUUCGUGGCAGACUCUGAGAGCUCGUCUAUAAGAAGGAUAGGACUGUCCACGGGGCAGGUGACCACGCUCUGUGGCGGCGAUAGAAACCCUUUGAACCUUUUCGCCUUCGGAGACGUGGACGACAUAGGGGUUGAGGCAAAAUUCCAACAUCCCCUCGGCGUAGCAUAUAGUGAAUCGAACAAAACUCUAUACGUAGCCGACUCUUACAACCACAAAAUAAAGAAAGUCGAAGUUGGUCCACAGAAGGUGACCACACUUAACCCUAGCAUGAUAGAGACCGCCGAUCCGGUGAAGUUCAACGAACCAUCCGGCAUAUCCGUUACAGGAGACGGCAAAUACUUAUAUAUAGCCGACACGAACAAUCACAGCAUAAAACUCCUCAACUUAGCCAAGAACGUGUGUCAAGAGUUCAAAGUGCGCAUGCCCGAGAGCAAAUUCGUCGAACCGGAGAAUUUGAUACUUUACAAAAACGAUUUGUUCGUGAACAGAAAGUGCGGGAAUCUCAUUAUAUACUUUAACGUGAGUUUGGACUCUGAUAUUAAGAAUGUCAAAUUCACUCCCGGCGCUCCUCAAGAGUGGAACGUGUGUAUACGCGACGACAACAAUAAGGAUGUUACUCAUGAACAUUUCGAGUUUGUCGGUUCUAGUCCCCAUAAAGGAACAAAGUUGCCGGGUCGGGUAGAGAUGAAAAUUAAACCUAAGAUGGACAAGACCCACUAUAGAUUAUAUUUGAGUUUCCACACUUCGUUAUGCGACGCCACUGUUUGUUUCUCACACACGUUCACUAUACGAUCAACUAUAUUGGUACGUGAUUCGGUGAAAAUGGUCGAGUCAUAUAAGAUCACUUGUAAAGUGAACCCUGUCAAUCGAGAAAAUAAGUCCGAACAAAGAUCUCUGUGAGACGGCAGAAAGUGUAAGUAAGUAUAUAUGAUGAAAGAAGGUGCAAGAAUGUUAAGUCGGUCUAUAAAUGGUUUGAUUAGUCUCUAAUUCGGCUAAAAGAACAAAACGAUGAACUAGAAAAGCAACUGAUAUUUUCAAAGUCCUUUAUUAUAAAUCUAGGAUUUCAAUACUAAUUUUUAAUAAAUUAACAGUUUUAUCUAUAAAUACUUAAUAUUGAGUAAGUGUUAAGUUUAAUUUUUAGUUUAAGAAAUAAAUAGUAAUUAAAUAAUAUCGUUCUUACUUAACGUUAGUUAUGUUACCUGAUAUUUAUAAUUUUCGUUUAUUACAUAAGUAUGUAAGAAAUGUAAUUUUUGUUUUACUCAACAUAUUUCUGAUAUUAAAGAUCUAUAACGAC